AUGGACUUGACUCAUUGUUGGCAACAAGUUGGAGACGAAGAUGCAUACGUUGCGACACAAGAAGCAAGGAUUGAUGCAUUGAUGCGAAAGUUUGAAACUCUGGAAGGUCAGCUACAACAAGUGGUGGCCGAGAUGAAGGAUGAGAUCCAAAGAAUUGGAAAUGAGACAAACAUGGUGCAUGAUUAUGCCUCAGGUCUUCACUACUCCAUUGUUGAGAAUGGAGGUUUCCUGAGGAAUGGCUUGGGACUCACACACCAACAGUGGGUCCACCUUACAACGUUAGAAAGGGCAAACAUGGUAGCAGCCCGAGUGAUGGGCGCAGUGGACUACAUGCGUGCCAUUCGACAAAGGUAUGGAACCUAUGGUCAGGCAGAUGAAACCGAUGCAAUUCCUAUGGAAACUGAAGACACAGCUACCACACCUUCAAGUGCAGAGACCAUAACUGGACUUCUGGAUUUUCUCAAGAUCGAACACAACAGAUGCUUGGAGAACAUGGAGCUUUGGGAUGCCAACGCAAUCCAAGGCUUGAUUUUGCAAUUUCUGGAAGAAAUGAGAGAAGCUUCUGGAUCAGACUUGAUGAGACGAUGUGUUUCAAAAGUUUCAGAGGUCUUCAGGGAUUUGCACAAGAAGGUGACAAAGGCCAAAGAGCUUCCACAGUGGCAGGAAGUGCUGAAUGGCCAGGUGAGGUGUCUACCUUGCAACAAGGCUCUGGAUGAGCAGCAUCUGAGCACCGAGUCGCACAAAACGAAGUUGGAAAGAUGGAAACAGGCCUCAGAAUUGGAAGCUGAAGGCUAUCGAGCUCCAGAGCUGCCGUAUUUGGCCUGGGUGCCUUAUGAGGGCACCCGUGCGCUGAUGUGCCUCUUGUGUCGCAAAUCUGGUCGUCCAAACGGGACGUGGGUUUCCGAUGCGAGUGCGCAUUGUGGCACGCAUUCAGAGCCUGCGGGCUCCAAGGAACAUCGAAAAAAUCUGGCGAACUAUCCUCCUGGGCAUCCAUGGUACGAGGACAACGUCACGCAUGCGCGCCGCACCUUCCAUCCCGAAGCUGUGCCUGAGCAAAAUGCCAGGGUGGAGCAUCCUGGGGAAAACAUCGGCAAGAUCGGCGAGAUCGCCGCCGGGGGUACUGAAACUAGGUCCGAGAGUCCGCAGGAACCUGACGAGCAAAAAGGAUCAAAAAAGCGGAACAAGCUUGACAAAGAGUACAGAAUAGAAGAGGAGUCCACUGACUUCCCCGAGUCCCCCGAACGACGGGCACAGGCGGAAUCCCCGAGUCGCCAGGGCGCAGCGGCGUGGCUGGAGACGAAGGAGCCGUCAGAAGCCAUCGCUCCCAAACUGCCCCCUGGCUGGGCUUCGGCUCAGGAUGGCGAAGGCAACACUUACUACUACCAUCGCAAGGAGCGGAUCCCGCAAUGGGAGUUUCCGGAGCCUGACGAAUCUUCGGCCGGCUGA